GGCACCGCCUUCCAUGGUCAACAGUGAGCAACGCCAGCAUGCAGAGCACAUAUUCUUAUCAUUUAGGAAAUCCAAGUCACCAUUUGCAGUUUGCAAGCAUAUUUUGGUUCUUCAUGCUUUGGAAGUAACAGUUGAAGAGAGGUGAGGAAAGUUUGUGAAAAUUGUGAUCGGGGAUUAGCUGCCACCUGCCUGAGGUGUCUUCUGAGAGGAACUAACCUCUUUGUGGUGCUAGAGCAAGGUCACUGGAUUAAAAAAAAGAACAGAAACAAGCAAAGUGGACUAUGUCCUCUUUCAAGCUGCCACGGCCAUCAUGGAGGCAGUGGUCCGAGAGUGGAUUCUCUUGGAAAAGGGCAGCAUUGAGUCCCUGAGAACAUUCCUUUUAACCUAUGUCUUACAGAGGCCCAACCUCCAAAAGUAUGUUCGGGAACAAAUUCUCUUAGCAGUAGCAGUAAUUGUAAAACGAGGCUCACUUGAUAAGUCAAUUGACUGCAAGAGCAUUUUCCAUGAAGUCAGCCAGUUGAUCAGUAGUGGCAAUCCCACUGUGCAAACUCUGGCUUGUUCUAUUCUGACUGCACUAUUGAGUGAAUUCUCAAGUUCAAGUAAAACUAGCAACAUUGGACUGAGUAUGGAGUUCCAUGGUAACUGCAAAAGAGUUUUUCAGGAAGAAGACCUUCGUCAGAUCUUCGUGUUGACGGUAGAAGUUCUUCAGGAGUUCAGCAGGCGGGAAAACCUCAGUGCUCAGAUGUCCUCAGUAUUUCAGCGUUACCUUGCACUCGCCAAUCAGGUCUUAAGCUGGAACUUCCUUCCUCCAAAUUUGGGCAGACAUUAUAUAGCCAUGUUUGAAUCCUCACAAAAUGUUCUGUUAAAGCCAACGGAGUCCUGGCGGGAGACUCUUCUGGACAGCAGAGUCAUGGAGCUUUUCUUUACAGUACAUCGAAAAAUCAGAGAGGAUUCGGAUAUGGCACAAGAUUCUCUGCAGUGCCUCGCCCAGUUAGCUUCUCUGCAUGGACCUGUCUUCCCCGAUGAAGGAGCACAGGUUGACUACCUAGCACACUUCAUUGAGGGUUUACUGAGUACUAUCAAUGGAAUUGAAAUAGAAGAUUCUGAAGCUGUGGGGAUCUCCAGCAUUAUCAGCAACCUGAUAACUGUGUUCCCUCGGAACGUCUUAACUGCCGUUCCAAGUGAACUUUUCUCAUCCUUCGUGAACUGCCUCACACACCUCACUUGUUCUUUUGGGCGAAGUGCUGCACUGGAAGAAGUGCUUGAUAAAGAUGACAUGGUCUACAUGGAAGCAUAUGACAAGUUGCUGGAGUCCUGGCUAACUUUGGUCCAGGAUGACAAACAUUUCCAUAAAGGCUUUUUCACCCAGCAUGCUGUUCAAGUCUUCAAUUCUUACAUUCAAUGCCACCUGGCCGCUCCAGAUGGCACAAGGAAUUUGACUGCCAAUGGUGUGGCCUCUCGUGAGGAAGAGGAAAUAAGUGAGCUUCAAGAGGAUGAUCGAGACCAGUUUUCAGAUCAACUAGCCAGUGUAGGAAUGCUAGGAAGAGUUGCUGCAGAGCACUGUAUACCUCUUCUGACAAGUUUAUUAGAAGAAAGAGUAACAAGGCUCCACAGUCAGUUACAGCGACAUCAGCAGCAGUUACUUGCUUCACCUGGUUCAAGCACCAUUGACAACAAAAUGCUUGAUGACCUCUAUGAAGAUAUUCACUGGCUUAUUUUAGUUACAGGCUACCUCUUAGCUGAUGAUACUCAGGGAGAGACUCCGCUAAUACCUCCAGAAAUAAUGGAAUAUUCCAUUAAGCAUUCAUCUGAAGUUGACAUUAAUACAACACUUCAAAUUUUGGGAUCUCCAGGAGAAAAGGCUUCUUCCAUCCCAGGGUACAACAGAACAGAUUCUGUGAUUAGGCUGUUAUCUGCCGUUCUCAGAGUUUCGGAAGUUGAGUCUCGAGCAAUAAGAGCAGACCUCACUCAUCUGCUAAGCCCUCAAAUGGGCAAAGACAUUGUUUGGUUUCUAAAACGCUGGGCAAAGACUUAUCUCCUGGUGGAUGAGAAGCUAUAUGAUCAGAUAAGUCUGCCAUUCAGUACAGCAUUUGGAGCAGAUACUGAGGGUUCUCAGUGGAUUAUUGGCUACCUCUUACAGAAAGUUAUCAGUAACCUCUCGGUGUGGAGCAGUGAGCAGGACCUUGCAAAUGACACUGUGCAACUCCUUGUCACUUUAGUGGAAAGAAGAGAAAGGGCAAACCUAGUAAUCCAGUGUGAAAACUGGUGGAAUUUAGCUAAACAGUUUGCGAGCCGAAGCCCUCCUCUGAAUUUCCUUUCUAGUCCUGUGCAGAGGACGCUGAUGAAGGCUCUUGUCCUGGGAGGUUUUGCACAGAUGGACACAGAAACCAAACAACAGUAUUGGACUGAGGUUCUUCAGCCACUGCAGCAACGAUUCUUAAGGGUGAUAAAUCAGGAAAACUUUCAGCAGCUGUGCCAACAGGAGGAGGUCAAGCAGGAAAUCACUGCCACACUUGAGGCCCUAUGUGGCAUUGCCGAGGCCACCCAGAUUGACAACGUCGCUAUCCUUUUUAAUUUCUUAAUGGACUUCCUUACCAAUUGCAUUGGAUUGAUGGAAGUUUACAAAAAUACCCCAGAGACUGUCAAUCUCAUAAUAGAAGUUUUUGUUGAAGUUGCACAUAAACAGAUAUGCUAUCUUGGAGAGUCUAAAGCGAUGAACUUAUAUGAAGCCUGCCUUACUUUGUUGCAAGUAUACUCUAAGAAUAAUUUGGGGCGGCAGAGAGUGGAUGUUACAGCUGAGGAGGAGCAGUACCAGGACCUGCUUCUCAUUAUGGAACUUCUUACAAACCUUCUGUCAAAAGAGUUCAUAGACUUCAGUGAUACAGAUGAAGUAUUCAGAGGACAUGAGCCGGGGCAAGCAGCAAACAGGUCUGUGUCAGCUGCAGAUGUGGUUUUAUAUGGAGUCAACCUAAUUCUUCCCUUGAUGUCACAAGAUCUCUUGAAGUUCCCAACCCUAUGUAAUCAAUACUACAAAUUGAUCACAUUUAUCUGUGAGAUUUUUCCUGAAAAAAUACCACAACUUCCUGAAGACCUCUUCAAAAGUCUGAUGUGCUCUCUAGAAUUGGGAAUGACUUCAAUGAGCUCAGAGGUUUGCCAGCUGUGCCUGGAGGCCCUGACACCACUGGCUGAACAGUGCGCAAAAGCUCAGGAGACAGACUCACCAUUGUUUCUAGCAACACGGCACUUUCUGAAGCUGGUUUUUGAUAUGCUGGUUCUGCAGAAGCACAACACGGAGAUGACGACAGCAGCCGGUGAGGCGUUCUACACGCUGGUGUGCCUGCACCAGGCCGAGUACUCUGAAUUGGUUGAAACAUUACUGUCAAGUCAACAAGACCCCAUUAUUUACCAGAGGUUAGCAGAUGCCUUCAACAAGCUCACUGCAAGCAGUACCCCUCCUACGCUGGAUCGGAAGCAGAAGAUGGCCUUCUUAAAGAGUUUAGAAGAGUUUAUGGCAAAUGUUGGUGGUCUCCUAUGUGUAAAAUAAAGAACAAAACUCUAUGCUUAAUUUAGAUCCUUUCUGCAAAGUGCACUGAAUUGCUAAAAGUUGAGUUGAGUAUUAUCCUGUCUUCAGUUCCUUGGCCAUUGGGGUUUGGGAGAGAUUGGCAGUUUGACAUGCAACCAGUGUGGUGAGACAGGAGAGCCCACAUCCAGUCAGCAUUUGCUGUUAGGUGACCGCAGUUGGUCACAAGUGUUCUGUGGGUUUGGAAUGGCGAUUUAACCUUUUCAAAAUGAAAUUUCAUAUAUGUGCAAACAGAUAUGGGCACCAUGAAAUUAUGUUCAGUGCCUUUUCCCUCUUUGUCAAAUGUUAGGUGGCUAGCCAAAGUUUAGAAUUUUCAUCAUGAAAUAUUGGGUGGAUAUAUACUUGUAUGCUUGGUGAUAUUUCUCAAAUGUUUUCUGUCAACCACCUGCAGUGCUGAGGCACUGGGCCCAACUAGAGGCCCUCAGAGUCAUAAUUUCUGUUUGUGGACCAUGGGAUUCUUCAUUUUAAUAAACUUCUCCCCUCUGCUACCCCAAAAGUUUUGAAUCAAUGCAAGAGAUGCUGAAAACUCUGAGAAGGCUUUGUGCUUUGGUGCUUUUUCUCCCAGCGAUUCAGUUUUGAGUUUGGCAGGAGGAAAGGCAUUGGCAGGUGCUCACUGGCCUCAUAACACUGGCUGGUGUGCAGAUUUUGUGGAAUAUAGGUCUCUAGUCAAACUCUGAUGCCUGAACUUGAGGAGGAAAAUACAUGUAUAUUUUUGUUCCCUAAAAAAUACUUUAGGAACUGUAGCCAUUUCAUUGCCUUAAUUUUAAGAAGAAAGGACAAAAAAAAGAUCUGUUUUAGCAAGAAAUGCAGUCCUGAUGCUUCAGAGCUGGUUAGGGUAUAAGCUCCUCUGAAUUUGGUGCCCAUUUUGUGGUGUAUUCAUGUCACUUUGUGAGGGAAAUGGAGGCUCAUCAUAUGUAGUCUAAGUCUUCGAGUAUGUUUCUGCCCAGCCUCUUAGCCAUGGCUAUAGUAUUCUACUCUGAAUGGCUUGCUUAAGCAAUAAGUAUUUUAAAGGAUGGGAGUGACUACUGCAGAUUUUAGACAUUGGGGCAUUAGGGAUAAUAAUUAUGUUCGAGUGGGUUAUUUCCUCAUUUCACAGGAACCAUGUAAAUUUAGGAGAUAAAAAAAUCCCCUUUGACCCUCUAGUUUGUCUAAUCAAGAUUUUACUGCUGCCAUGCUACCCUUAAAUUAUGGAAAUGAAAGCUAAUUUAUAAACCGCAGGCAUAUGAAAGAUAAUUUAUAAUUAAGACACAUGGCCUGCUGCCGUGUCAAAGUCACAUGGCACAGUGACACUGUUUCAAGGGGUGGAUGUCCUGUUGUGCUCUUGAUACCUCUGUGCUAAACUGUCUCUGGAAUGUUUACUGUCUGGAUUGCGUGUAGCACAUGCACCUUCACAGUGAUGCUGUGUGAAACCCUGUAACUGUUAUUAACAGUUAACGUUACCAAACAGGAUCAUCGAAGUUCCACCCAGCUUGACAUGCUACUUAGACACGUGCUGAUGCAGAACUGGAGCCAGAGCUUUGAGGACCAUUUCUGUUAGUUGUCACCAUCAAGUAACAGUAGAGGGGGAACAAAAUCAUCCUAAGACAGCUAGUAAAAAAUUGUCACUUUUCAUGAAACAUACGUUGUGUUUUUAAAAAUGCUUUGAACCAUUCAUUUAUUUUUAGAUUUCUUUUUCUCCCCAUAACAAACCUUGAAGUCAUGGCACCAGUAACCACUGUUUUGCAUUUUUCUUGGUGUGGUAUGUCUCCCAGCUCUGCAUGCCUUCUCAGUGGUUGUAAGCCACGUAUCUGUGUGUAAUGAGUGUAGUCCCUUUGCCAAAGGACACUGGGACACACAGCUGACUGGCUAGGUCCACUGGCCAUGACAAAACUGUAAUCAAGUUUUUAAAAACAAAAAUGAGUAGAAAAGGGAUGCCUUGGGAAAUAAAAAGUCAUCUGUAUUUAAUAACUGUUACCUAGAUGGAAAUGUAUGUGCUAAAUUUGCCCAGAUGCUGUUAAUAAUACUGCAGUGUCAUUAGACGACUGUUAAUAAAAACAAGAUGUACUUCACAGUGGACCAAAUAAGCCUUCACAUGUCACCAGAAUGUGAUUAGUGGCAAACAGGAAGAAGGAGGCAACACUUUUUUAGGUAAUGGGGACGCCACUUAACUGUAGCAGCUAGACCCUUUCCAGGUGUUUGUGUGUAUGUUUUCCUGGUUGGUAUUUGUUUAGUUUUGGUCUUUUUGUUUUAUUUUGUUCACAUUUAUCUUUCGCUAUGCUUAUGGCUUUCCAGUUUUGUGGGAUUUGUUUUAAUGCUCUCAGCCCAGUGGGAGUUAAGAACACUGGCUUAAUUUUAGUAAAUUGAUUUUUACUAUUACAACUGAUUGUUAAGUUGUCCAAAGAGUUUUAAAAACAAGAACAUUAUUUGUGCCCCUCCCAGUUGAUAGAUGUUAAAGGAAUACUGUCAAGUAUUUCAUUUUUUUUAGAAUUUUGUGUUAAAUGAAAUUUAUGUUUAUGCAUAGUAACCUUUAACAUCUAGUGUUUUAGUUUUUUAGUUCAUUCUUUGUUUGAUUUUAUUUUCCUGGUCCUGUUUGUUUUCCUGAGGCACAAGCUCUGUGGACUUUGUAUUUUUACAAUUGGAAUCGGUGUUAACAGCACCUGUCACUAUACUCUUGUAGCUCUGUUACAAGGAUUGGGUUUUUUAUGGUUCCUCUAGAUGGGUGGCUGCCCUAGAUGGGUGUCAACUCAACUAUGUUGACAGUACUUUACAGUGUUAUUUUCAGUUAUUUGAGUCUUUCUUUCUUGCUGUUUUUUUUUUUUGUUGUUGUUGGAGGACAGUAGCAUGUUAACAUCACUGCAUUGAGUUUUCUUCUGGUAUAAAGAGACAUUUUAUGUAAAAAAAAAAAACUUUGCAAUCUUUUUCAAACUAAUUUUAAGAACUUAAUCUUAGUUCAUUGUAAGCUGUGUAUCUAAUUAUAUUACAUUACUCUGUUCAGAUGAGAUGAUUACUCUUUUUCACAAUUUUCAUUUCAAAACCCAGUGUCUGUAUAAUCCAACCUUCCGGUAACAUUCUCCUUACUGUCUUUGAUUGAACUUUCUCUUCUACAAAAACUGUCAAGUCUGUAUUUGUAAUGUUACCAUAUUUCUCAUUUCUGUUAAUACUUGUAUGAACCCUUGAAGAUUGAAGGGAACUAGCUAUUGAUUUCAAGGAUUUCAAGUCUGAGUAUCGUAGGAGACCAUGUCAAUUGAACCCUUAAAAUACUUUUUUGCCUUUUACAAUUUUACUUGUUUCUGUUUGCCACCUUUGUCAUUAGAGGUGGUUGUCAUUUAACCUUAUUAAGUUAGCUGUCUGAUGGAUAAUUGUCAUUAUUGGUUCCUGAGUAAUAUCUUAACUGUUAAGUCAGAAGAAACCUCAGUACUUCUUAGGGUUUUCUUUUUCAACUAGAGAAUAAGGAAUUGAUUUGGAUAUGAGUUUUUAACAUAACUUUCUAUAAAUUCUGCUGCAAAACAACAGCUGAUUUAAGGGUAUGAUAAUGUUUUAAAUUAUUUUAAAGUGUGAGUGUAUAUCCUCUGACUUGGUAAAUAACUAUGUUCUGAAAACACUGCAUUUAAGAAUUCGUUAAAAAUUGAUUUUCUGAAAUUAAAAAAUGUCCAGAUUAGGUGUAUUGCUGAGCUCAAAUUUGAUAUGAACUGCCAUGGUUGAAGUUGAACUUUAAAAAUUUUCAUUUAGAUGUGAGAUGUUAAGUAUUUUUGGUUAGUUAUAAGGGGAACCCAUGACAUAUUUAGCCAAAGAAUAUAUUCGGUUCAGGUAAAUGUACAAGCUUAACAAUGGGCAUCCACUCUGCUCCAGAGGACUGGUGGAGUGAUCUGCUUAUAACCUCUAGCUCCCUAAGUCCGUGAAGACUGAGCUACUCUAAGAUGGUGGUGGUGAUAGAAGGAGUGGCUUGCACAUAUUAGCAUCCUUAGGUUCAUAUGCACACCGGUUUGUCCUCCUCACCCCCUGGGGUUUGCUCCUCACCUGUUCCCAGGCCUUCCCAGCAGUGGAGAGAUUUUCUUUUCAGUCUAGAUUCUUAGACCUCAGCUAUUAGGAGCUGUCAGGUAUGUACUAAUAACUUACCUUCUUAGCCUGAAAUUAAAUAUUGCACCUGCACUAUGCACCUAACAGGAAUCUGACCUCAAGUGUGUUCAGAGCUUAGGCUUUCUGUUGUAGUGUCAUCUAUCACAUAAAAUUAUGACAGAUUGCAAAUAUUGGUGUUGCUACCAUUCAGAACAUGUAAAAAUUUUUAAAAUUUAUAAAUAUUAAAAUUUUAAACUUACACUAAGAGGUUGGUUUUUUGGGGCAACCCAGGGACAAGUAUACUGUUUAUUUACCUCUAUUAACAUUACUAAUGAAGGUGUAAAGUUGCAUUUAAUUUUUCAAAAGAUGCUACAAUACAAUUUUAGGAAAUAAAUCAAGGCUAUGUAUUGAGCCAGUAAAAAGCCGAAUAUCAAAUUGAUAAAAUUUUAUUUGUAUUUUUAAAUCCAUAAAUGGGAGUUAUUAUGUGU